UUUCCAAUUGCAGCGUGCCGUUCUUGAGGUCGUGUCUGGCGUGAGGUGAUUUCCUGUCCCCACCGUGGAGGUCCGCGAGGGAAGGAGCGGGCCGCUAAUCCCCGCUGCCUAGCGUCGCGGUUUCCAGAGGGAGGAAGGGAAAUGUCGGUUCACCCGCUGGGCGGCGUGCACAGAGACGGGGCUCGGCGUCUCCCGUGCCGGGAAGGACUGGUGGUGCCGUUGUCAUGUAACGGUUGCUGAAAGCCUGCUCUUUGGUAUUGCUUUCCCCCAGGAGUGGAAAAAAUGGAUGAAGUCGCUGGGGAAUUGAAGCAAGCGCUCCCAAAUGUGUGUGACAACAUUCAAAUACAUGUGGAAGUUCUUCAGAAAUCAAACAGUGUGGCCAAGAAAGAAGAUAUCAGGAUGAGUGUGUUGAAGCUGUUGAACAGACAUAACAUUGUGUUUGGUGAUUACAAGUGGACAGAAUUUGAUGAUGGUUUCCUUAACAACAAUGUGCAGUCUGUGUCAAUUGUGGAUACGGAUCUGAAACUGAAAGACAGACAGCCCAUUGACUUGAGCAAAGGCAGUCUUUCUCUUCAUAUUUUUCAUCUGAAUGAAGAAGGACCGAGCUCUGAAAAUCUGGAAGAAGAGAAUGAGGAUAUCAUUGCAGCUAAUCACUGGGUGCUACCAUCAGCUGAAUUCCAUGGCCUUUGGGAAAGUCUUAUCUAUGAAACUGAAGUAAAAUCACAUUUACUUGAUUAUGUGACGACAACGCUACUAUUUUCUGACAAAAAUGUUGACAGCAACUUGAUAUCAUGGAACAGAGUUGUUUUGCUGCACGGCCCUCCUGGAACUGGGAAAACUUCUCUUUGUAAAGCAUUGGCUCAAAAGCUGACAAUUCGGCUGUCAUACAGGUAUAGGUAUGGACAGUUAAUUGAGAUAAACAGCCAUAGCCUUUUCUCUAAAUGGUUUUCUGAGAGUGGCAAGCUUGUAACCAAGAUGUUCCAGAAGAUUCAAGAGUUAAUUGAUGACAAAGAUGCUCUUGUAUUUGUACUGAUUGAUGAGGUGGAAAGCCUCACGGCAGCCCGUAGUGCUUUCAAGGCAGGCACAGAGCCUUCAGAUGCUAUUCGUGUGGUGAAUGCUGUGCUGACACAAAUAGAUCAGAUUAAAAGGUAUCCCAAUGUAGUCAUCCUGACUACUUCAAAUAUUACAGAGAAAAUUGACAUGGCCUUUGUAGACAGGGCUGACAUAAAGCAAUACAUUGGACCUCCAUCCACUGCAGCAAUAUUUAGAAUCUAUCUUUCUUGCUUGGAAGAACUGAUGAAGUGUCAAAUAAUAUAUCCUCGACAGCAGCUCCUGACACUCAGAGAGCUAGAGAUGAUAGGCUUUGUAGAAAAUAAUGUGUCAAGGUUAAGCCUUGUACUAAAAGAAAUCUCAAGAAGAAGUGAAGGUCUUAGUGGCCGGGUCCUGAGAAAACUUCCUUUCCUAGCACAUGCACUUUAUAUUCAAUCCCCCAGUGUUACAAUGACAACGUUUCUUCAGGCUCUUUCACUUGCAGUAGACAAGCAAUUUGAAGAAAGAAGCAAACUUGCAGACAGUGUGUGAUACUCUCCUGUUUUAUAGUUGUCUGUAUUGUUAACACUGAAAAAUACAAUCUGUGUGACUGCUAUUCAUCUGUUUGUAAACACCCUAAAAACCUCCUGGA